GAAACUCUUUAAGUUGCUCUGCUUUCUCCACAGGUGAAAAAUGGAGGGAGGAAAUUUUGGCUACUCCCGGGACUACCUCGACCGCUUCAUCCAAAGCCAAGACUCGUCCGUGGUGAACAAGUUCCAGCAGAAGUACUGGAAAACCAAACAGACGCUCAUCAAGGCCACCGGGAAGAAAGAGGACGAACAUGUGGUGGCAUCAGACGCAGACCUGGACGCCAAGCUGGAGGUCUUCCACUCCGUUCAGAGAACAUGCAUGGAGCUGCUUAAGGUCAUCGAGCAGUACCAGAGGAGGAUCUGUUUUCUGUCCCAGGAGGAGAACGACUUGGGUCGCUUCCUGCGCUCCCAGGGCUCGCAGGAUAAAACCAGGGCUGGAAAGAUCAUGCAGGCCACAGGGAAAGCACUUUGCUUCUCCUCUCAGCAGAGAUUGGCUCUGAGGAACCCUCUGUGCCGUUUGUACCAGGAGGUGGAAACUUUUCGAUAUCGCGCCAUCUCAGACACGUGGCUGACGGUGAACCGAAUGGAGCAGUCGAGGACCGAAUACCGUGGGGCACUUCUUUGGAUGAAGGAUGUGUCUCAGGAGCUGGAUCCAGACACGCAUAAACAGAUGGAGAAGUUCCGCAAGGUUCAGGCCCAGGUGCGCACUGCCAAAACAAGUUUUGACAAACUGAAGAAUGAUGUCUGCCAGAAAGUGGACCUGCUGGGAGCCAGCCGCUGCAACCUCCUCUCUCACGUUUUAACCACAUACCAGACGACGCUAUUGCACUUCUGGGAGAAGACAUCCCACACUAUGGCAGCCAUUCAUGAGAGCUUCAAGGGCUGUCAGCAUUACGAGUUCUCCACACUUAAGACCUUGCAAGACCCCGUGGACAAGCUGGCUAAGAAGAAGGGGAAGAAGAAAAUUAAAGCAGAGACAAAAGAUGGAAAGAAUGCUGAGACCCCAGACGACCAACUCAUCUCACUAGGAAAUGAAAACACCAGCAAUAGGACCAGAGGAGGGAAUGAAGAUCCUGUCUCAGCCUACCCGGAGUUAGAGGGAGGGGAGAAGGACAGCAUGGCCUUGCUCAAUGAGAUCCUGGGCGGUAUGUCUGUGGAUGAGGGCGACUUCUCUCGGGAGUGGACGGAAGUGUUUGGAGACACCGAGGAGGGGACAAGCGCGGCAUCCGGUAGACCAGCGGAGGCCCAGCAAAAGGAAAAUUCCCUCUUUCUACCAUCUCAGCUGCUGGACCAGAACUUGAACAGUCUGCAGUCUUCCCUCUCAGAUUGGGCCGGCAUCGCUCCACAGCCCGUUGCUCAGACAACGGAGCCCUCAUCUGGAGCCAAUCAGAACCCUUCGACGCCAGCAGUGAAAGAGACAGCGGGGAUGUCCAAGGACCUCUCAAGGUGGUUCAACCUGUUUGCUGACUUGGACCCUCUCGCCAAUCCCGAUGCGGUCGGCAAAACUGACACAGCGCACGAACUUCACACCGCAUAGUUCUUCCUCAGAGUCACGGCGAUCUCUUUUCAAAAGGGUACCCUUCUUAGUGGGAACGGCAGCAUAUUGCUACCACCGGGACCAGAGAAAAACCUCUUAAGGAGCUGAGACAACUAGCCAAAUUUAGGGAUUAGUCGUUCAAUGGAAAAUUAAUCUGCAACUACUGCAAUAACAGAUUCGUUAUUUCAGUCAGUUUUCAAGCAAAAAUGCCAAACAUUUACUAGUUCCAGCUCUUAAAAUGUAAGGAAUUGCUGCUCUUUUUAGUCAUAUAUGGUAAUGAACGUAAUAUCUUUGGCUUUUGACCUGUCGGUCGCAUAAAACAAGCUAUCCGCAUUUUCAUUUAUCAUAUAGACAAAACAGUUGAGACAAUAAUCAGAAGCUUAAUCAGUAAUGAAAGUAAUCAUUAGUUGGAGCCCUAACUGGACCCUUUUCUUAUUAUUGCAAUAUGUAAAUGUCUGUUGUUAUAACAAUAACUAGGAUAAGACUUGUUUCUUAUUUUAAAAAAAGACGCGGAUAUGUUGUAAUAAGAAAAGUUUGUUGAACAAAAAAGGAUGUUAUUCUAUAUUAGUAAAAUGUAUAAUAAUGAGAAUAAUGAGAAAUACCUCAUUCUAACAAGAUACUCUCCUGUUAUUAUAAGGAACUUUUUUUUUCCCCCCUCAUAGAGGCAGCAAUACACGCUGCAGUAGGUGUCACAGCUAAUAACUAUCAGCGCUUGCGUCCUUUCCAUUAUGAAAAAAAAGAAACAUUUACAAGACAACCUUAUUAACCGGGUUGGCUGUUUCACUGGGUUAAGCAUUUAAUGUAAAGUUUAGCAUGGAUACCUCAGUACGAGUUAGGAACAAUAAGCCUUUGACAAUAGCUGCCUUGGAAAGUCCCCCACCCCCUGUGCUUUUUUCUGAUUCUCAUUACUGAAGAUUGCAAACAGGCAACAUUACUUUUUGAAAAACAGUGGGGAAAAGGAAAAAAAAAAAAAAAAAAAGCAAAAAAUU